ACCUACAUGCUCUGAGUCCCAGGAGUUAGCAGGAGUCUGCAGUCACGCUGGAAGAUGCAAUGCUGGCUUUGAAGAAGUCUGAGGGUCGUGUCUCGUGAAAGAAGAAAGACUGGGAUCACAUCCGGGAAAGGCAUGAUGUUGCUGAGCAGCGCUGCUGUUUGGCUGCUGCUCUGUGUUCAGUGCCUGCAUGGCUCUGCCCUCCCUGCCAUGUCCUCCUAUGAGUUCACCGCCUACAGGAUGCAGCAGUACAACCUGGCGCAGCAGAAACAUGGUUGCCGCGGAGCGAUCGUUGUGGCGGAGGCGCGCUCUGCCGACGAACCGUCGCUGACCCGCCGUUGUGUCAUCAUGAAGGUUCAGGACUUCACUGUGGAGAAAUACUUUGAAGCCCUGAGACAGAAUGCUGCUGCUGUGCUGAUCCUACUGCCUCAAAAUAUCUCCGGCGUUCCACACGAGACAAUAAAGGCAUUCAUGGUGAGUGAGAACGAGGCCUUGCAGAAAGAAACCCUCACUCCAGUCUAUGUUGUUCCUGAGGAUGAACAGCUGCUUUACAUGUAUGAGGAGGUGAGGCAGGCAGCAGCUGCACGGACCUCAUCCAUGUUUGUCAGAGUUCUUCGAAGUAUGGUCACUGCUACGGCCUUCCAGAUCUUAGUGAGCAACAACAACCCCAUUAAGGCCAUCACUGACAACACCAUAACCACACUGGAGGGUGUGCUGGCUGGAACCGGAGAGGAUGCUCCCACCAUCGUCAUCACCGCCUACUAUGACUCCUACGGACUCGCGCCGUGGCUGUCAUACGGAGCAGACUCUAAUGGCAGCGGAGUCACCAUUCUGCUGGAGCUGGCGCGUCUUUUCCAGAAACUUUACAGCACCUCCGCUACCAGACCACAGCGUAAACAUGUCUUGUCGGUAUUAAUGGUGUUGUGCGGUUUCGCCGCGUGUUAUACCCCACAGGUGGUUUCCUCCAGAUUCCCCUGGGUGAAGGUGGGAUUGGUGCACAAGAAGAUCAAUCUUGUAGAGUCGACGGUGGCCUGGGAGCACGAGCGCUACAGCCUGCGCAGGAUUCAGGCCUUCACGCUGUCUCAUGUGGAAGAUCCCAAGUCUGAACUUCGCGGGUCUGUGCUGGAUACAAUGUCCCAAGUAGAUUUUAGGAAACUUAAACGAAACGGCAUUAUCAUAGCUGAAGCUCUGGCCCGGUACAUGUACAAUCUCUCAGACAAGGGUUCACCAAGGGAUAUUCAAGUUUUUAAGGGUCAGCUGGACUUUCAGGACAGCCACAUGUCCAGUUUGAUGUCCUUUUUGACCUCUGUGCCCCGGUCCGCCCAGCUGCUGGACAAGGAGCCCGGUCAGAUCCUACUGGUCAACUCACUGGAGCACGAGUUCAAGCACCACCUGCAGCAGGUCCAUAGACACACCUUUCGACAGGACAAGAGGGACCCUGAGAUCACCUUUUUUGAUCAAAUGAACCAAUCAGUUGUCAUGUACAGGGUGAAGCCAGCAGCGUUUGAUCUCUUCCUAGGAGGAUGCAUCACUGCAUAUUUGGGGAUUGUUUACUAUUCAAUACAGAAUUUCGGGCAUCUGUACGCUAGACUCAAAGCUGCGGUGAAAGCCAAGCAUCAAUGACAGCUUCAAGGAUCCAGGCUUCAUGGCUUCCUGAGCUCAUGACAGACGUCUGCUUCACAGAACAUUAAAGCAAUCCAGCAUUAAGUUUCCCACAGUAAGACAGGAAGUGUGCAUUUGCUUUGCGCUCUGUCAGAUGUUCAAAGACGUGUACGUUCCUUAGAAAGGGCUUUCUAGAGAGUCGUAAAAAGUACGCAAAUCAAGAAAUAAAAGUGUUCUGUCGUCAGUCCUGCCGACGGCGUGAAUAACUGGGAUCUGAUGUCCAAUCGAUGAAAUGCAUUUUCUCUCACAUUACUAUGAUCGCUCGACAUGACGUGUGUGUGUGUGUGUGUGUGUGUGAGUGUGUGUGUGUGUGUGUGUGUGUGUGUGUGGGUGAGCUUCAACGCAGCUUCCAGGCGAGGUUCAACCACUGCAAUGGACGCUCAGCCAGUUCCUGUCACAGAUAACUCAGUGAGAUUGCCACAGACACAAUGGCCCCCGCAGUGCUCCACAAAUUAUUAAUGCUAGUGUGACGUGCUGACAGUCAUUGAUUGUGAUAGAGUCUAUGAAUUCUGCAGGGGUUUUUCCCCCCUUCUUUUUAGUUCUGCAGCUCUGUUCAGACUGUUGAAACUUAAAAGCAGCUGAACGGCUGUCGGUGUACGAAGUGAAGCGAGGGCUGUGUUGUUGAUCGGGGCCCUCGGAGCUAUGGAAGCAGGUCAAGGGCAUUGACCCCAGGUAUGUGAGUCUCUGCAGGGGGCUUAAAGCUCAGGGAGAUUAGUGAGUGCUCAGGUGGCACACAGAGAGUUGUUCUGCUUCAGCAGGGAUGAUCUUAACCUGUCCAAAACGGACGAGAUUCUUCACAACAGCAACAGGCUAAACCAGUAGUUUGAUCUGAAAAAGAGAGGAUUGACGCAUGGUGUAAUGAUGCAAAAUUUAAAAUAAACAGGUGUUGUGGCACCUUAGAUUCAGAGUAAGUGACACACGGCAGUGGAAAAAAGAUCCAAUGCAUACUGCUACAACAAUUAUGUAAUCUUCCCCGGAAGUAAAAAUAGAGUAUAGAAGCAGAGGAGGCGGGAGGCGGGUGGUGAUGGGGGCAGAUAUAGGUAAGGGGCGGAGCUUCCAGGAUCCUGCAUGACUUUCAGGCAAACUGGAGGUAAGGUGUGCAUAAACAGUGAGACGGUUUCUGAAGAUGGGUCCCCAGCUCUACCUUACAAUGUACAAGGAGCAUUUCAGAUCUCCGGGCAGAGCAAAAAAAGCUGAACUUCGACCCACCUCAGCCCACCGCAGGAACAACCCUCAGCCACGGCCGGACUUCCUGUUUCCCCGCAGUCUUCGGCCAAGCUACAGACCACCGUGCGCUCUGCUCCACCCUUCGCCCCCCGUGGACACCGGCCGGCCCCUUCUCCCCCCUGUGAACCAUUUCUCAGCUCACAGUCCGGUCUCGGCCUUCCCUGAAAACCCUUUAGGCAAAACAAAUUCAGACAACCCACAUCACAUGCCUCCUAUCCAGGCCCACAAGCUCCAGCUGAUAGAGACUCCUGCUGCGAGUGACGGUCAGGUUCCCACCACUCUGAGGAGCCCUAAUAAGACAGCAGAUUAUCAGAGGAAUGUCAAUCCACUCUCAGCACGACAACUCAGGCAAGUAAACAACCUUUGAACUGAAGUGAUGCCGUUUAAGACACACAGUCCCCUUUGCAUGUUUGUACUUUUUCGCCACAGUGGAUUUUGUGUCGUAGUCGACCAACACAGAGCAGAGUAUAACUGCGAAGUGAAAAUACAUUUUGUUACAAAUAAAAAUCUUAACUAA